AUGUUCGCUCGCUCCCUCAGGCCUGUUUCUACUCUUCGAUUUACCAUUCCUCGUAUUGCGACCGUUCGUCAAAUGUCUACUCCAGCAGAAGCUAGUUAUGAACAUAUCUUAAUCUCUACUCCCAGGCCAGGAGUUGGCCAGAUCACACUCAACCGCCCAAAGGCCUUGAAUGCCCUCUCUACUCCUCUCAUGACCGAGCUCAAUGCCGCUCUCAGAGCCUUCGAGGCUUCAAAGGAAGCCGGUGCCGUUGUUAUCACCGGUAAUGAAAAGGCCUUUGCUGCUGGUGCUGAUAUCAAAGAGAUGAAAGAUCUCAAUUUUGCCAGUGCUUUCGGAAACGACUUCAUCAAGAAUUGGUCCGAGCUCACCCAGAUCAGCAUUCCUAUUAUUGCUGCUGUCAAUGGAUACGCUCUCGGUGGAGGCUGUGAGCUCGCCAUGAUGGUAGAUAUCCUUUAUUGUGGUCCCAAGGCCACAUUUGGGCAACCGGAGAUCAAACUCGGCGUCAUCCCCGGUGCUGGUGGUUCUCAGAGGCUUACAUGGGCAAUUGGGAAGGCGAAAGCUAUGGAAAUUAUCCUUACAGGAAAAAACUUCUCUGCAGAGGAGGCUGAACGUUGGGGCCUUGCUGCGAGGGUGUUUGAAACCCCAGAGGCGUGUGUGGAGGGUGCCCUAGACACCGCGGAGACUAUUGCAAGCUACGGGAGAUUGGCAGUAAAGGCAGCAAAAGAAGUGGUUAACCAGAGCAUGGAGAACGGAUUGAGUGAGGGGGUCAAGUUUGAGAGGAGGGUAUUCCAGUCUUUGUUUGCCACAAGAGACCAGAAGAUUGGCAUGACCGCUUUUGCUGAGAAGAAGAAGCCUCAAUGGACUGGGGAAUGA